GCACGCGCGCACGCACGCAGCACGUCCGCCGCUCGCUUCCUGCCGCGGCGGCCUCGGAGGCGGCCUGACGGGACCCGCGCCCGGCCUCCCGGAGCGGUAUGCGGCGCUGACGAGCGGGGACCCUCCGCGGCGGCGCCAUGAACCUCCUGCCGUGCAACCCGCACGGCAACGGGCUGCUCUACGCCGGCUUCAACCAGGACCACGGGUGCUUUGCAUGCGGGAUGGAAAAUGGAUUCCGAGUCUACAACACCGAUCCACUGAAAGAAAAAGAGAAGCAAGAGUUUCUGGAAGGAGGAGUCGGCCACGUCGAAAUGCUCUUCCGCUGCAACUAUUUAGCGUUAGUCGGUGGUGGGAAAAAACCAAAGUACCCUCCCAACAAAGUGAUGAUCUGGGACGACCUGAAGAAGAAGACCGUCAUUGAGAUCGAGUUUUCCACGGAGGUCAAGGCGGUCAAGCUGCGGCGGGACAGGAUCGUGGUGGUGUUGGACUCCAUGAUUAAGGUGUUUACGUUCACACACAACCCCCACCAGCUGCACGUCUUUGAAACCUGCUAUAACCCUAAAGGCCUCUGUGUCCUGUGCCCCAACAGCAACAACUCCCUCCUGGCCUUCCCGGGCGCGCACACCGGCCACGUGCAGCUCGUGGACCUGGCCAGCACCGAGAAGCCGCCCGUGGACAUUCCCGCCCACGAGGGCGUCCUGAGCUGCAUCGCCCUCAACCUGCAGGGAACAAGAAUCGCAACCGCGUCUGAAAAAGGGACCCUUAUAAGAAUAUUUGAUACUUCAUCAGGGCAUUUAAUCCAGGAGCUGCGAAGAGGGUCUCAAGCAGCGAACAUUUAUUGCAUCAACUUCAACCAGGACGCGUCCCUCAUCUGCGUGUCCAGCGACCACGGCACGGUGCACGUCUUCGCUGCGGAGGACCCGAAGCGGAACAAGCAGUCGAGUUUGGCCUCGGCCAGUUUCCUCCCGAAAUACUUCAGCUCCAAGUGGAGCUUCUCCAAGUUCCAGGUGCCCUCGGGCUCUCCGUGCAUCUGUGCCUUCGGAACAGAGCCAAAUGCUGUCAUCGCGAUCUGUGCCGACGGCAGCUACUACAAGUUCCUGUUCAACCCCAAGGGGGAGUGCAUCCGCGACGUCUACGCCCAGUUCCUGGAGAUGACCGACGACAAGCUGUGACCCCGCCCCCGCAGGGCGGCCGGCACCCAUGGCCGAGCGCGCUGGGUGCACCCAGACUCCUGGGGCCUCGUGGGCCGUGGGCCGGAGGGACUGCCCGGGGACCUUGGCCGGGGAGCCCCACGCGGUUGUCUGUCCUCCUCAGCAAGGCUUCGCGUUUCCAGU